AUGCUGCUCCGCCAAGCAGUCCAGUGCUCACAGGCGGGUCAAGGAUUUGGGGAGAGCAGCGGCAAGCGAUCGACGGCCACCAAGGGAGGGAAGCGGAGGAAGGAUGCGGGCAUAAAGUCGGGAGACAGCAAGGCGGUGCAGCGCGCCGUGCGCCUGGUGGAGCAGCAGGAGGGCAAGGGGCGGGGCCCGCCGUCGGCCCGCCCCAUCGACCCUCGUGAGGCGGCCCGCGGGAAAGUGGAGUACGUCAAGGUCAAGGACUGGGGCAGCGGCCAGCCGGAGGACCUGGGCAGCCUGCAGGUGGAGGAUGGCUCCAAGGUGUUUGAGGCGGGCGGCGGCAGCGGCAGCGGGGAGGCGCCGCCCCAGCCCUUUUACGAGUCGCUGGCGCGCCGCCUGGAGCUGCUGCAGACGCAGGGGGCGCUGGGAGUGGCACAGCCGCAGGGCAGCAAGCCGCUGCCAGACUUCCAGCGGUGGGCAUUUGCGCUGGAGCACUAUGUGCAGUACCUAGCAGACAUGCAUGCCGUGCACGCCGCGCUGGAGAGCAGCAUCGCCGGGGCAGCAGCGCAGGUGUCGGCAUCGUCGCUGGCGGGGCUCCCGCAGCAGCGCCGCGAGCAGCUGCUGCAGGCGCUGGGCCUGUUUGGGGCGGCCCGGGGGCUGGACCGUGCAGCGCCGCUGUUGCAGGACCUGAGGCGGCUAGCAGCGCGGCAGCAGCAGCAGGAGGCAAGCAGAGGCGGCGGCGGCGGUGCAGCGCAGGGCGAGUAUUCGCCGCCGCCGGCGAUGCAGCAUGCGGCGGCGUAUGCGGCUUACCUUGCCAGCCUGGCGCGGGCGUGCAGGGCGUCCGAGGGGCCAGACGAGCUGGAGCAGGUGGUGCUGCGCCUGCUGGCCAACGCUUACAUCCUGCGCCUCAUGCACCACACCAGCGGCGGCCGCAUCGCGGCGGCAGCCGCCCAGAAGCUGGACCUGGCCAGCGCCGGCGCCCUGGCCUUCCACCAGAGCUACCCAGGCCUGGAUGCGCGGCUGGGCCCAGGUGCCAAGCCUCUGGAGGCGUUAGUGGGCGACACCAACCGGCUGGGGGAGGAGCUGGGCAAGGCGAUGACCAAGACGUCCAUGCUGCUGGUGCCGCUGGCCCAGGAAGCGUGA